UUGAAAGUGUGAAAGUUUUUACCUCGAAAUAGCCAAUUACCGAAAUCCUACAUUGAAUUCAAAAUAAAUCAAUAUUGUGAUGCAAAUUUCUCAGCUGAAGAGAAACAAAAUUUCAAUAGAAAAACGCGAAGUUUCAAGAUAGUUGAACUAGAUUAUUGACGGUAUGAGAGAAUUUGAUCAGAAGGCAAGUUCGGACACAUAUAAAAAAACGAAUGAGUUUUUAGGACAUGGGCUCCGAAAGUGAUGGCAAUGGAUUAACAGCAUUAAUAGCUGUAUUAUCGGGAACAAUUGUCAUACUUCUAGUCAUUUUAAUAUAUAUAAAAUAUCGAAGUAGAGAAACACGUCGCCUUAGCCGUGAAAGCUCUGAUUUAUCCCUGAGGAAGGUUCAACGAACAAGGACUUUAUCCAUCUUUAGCAGAAGUGGACGUUUAUCGGUCUACGAGAACGGAUCCGCCCCUGACUUCGACAUUCCAUUGAUCAGAAAAACACCGAGCGAUUCCCCGAAGUCGACAUGCCAACUACAUUUCUCCUUCUUUUACAACUUUCAAGAAAAGCAAUUGACCGUUCAAGUGAUCCAAGCCCAAAAUCUGCCAAAGUUGUUUGGCCUACAGUCUGGAGUAUUAGUUAAAGUUUCUUUGUUGGACAUCAAAGGAGAAUUAAAGGAAGAGCUAGGAAAGACGUCUAUUUUUUAUAGAAAGAAUUCUGUUUUUAACACAGUGUUAUCCAGUAAUGACAUCGAUAUGCCAGAGCUACGCGAAAGCAGUGUUAAUCUUACUCUUCAUUCGCAGGAUCACCUGGGACAGAGCCAUUUUGUGGGUGGCGUGUUAAUGAAAUUUUCUGAAGUACAACUUAAUCCCAGCGAGCCGGUUUACUUCUGGAGGCCGCUACAAAGAAAGAGCAACGGGGGUCUUCCAAAAUUUGAUCGUGAUAAAGGACAGCUAUUCUUAUCGAUGAGAUACCACGAAAGCACAUCAAGGAUAAACGUCGUUGUUAUGAAAGCUUCGAAACUGUUGAAACCGAAACAUCAUCUGAGGAUUGAUCCAUAUGUGAUAGUAAAGUUCCAAAGAGAGGGAAAAGUGCUGCAAAAGAAACACACGCAGCCAUGUAAAGGAACAUUGGAUCCAGUAUGGAAUGAACCAUUUGUCUUUGACUGGAGUGAAGACACAUCAAAAGAUGGAUUUGAAUUUGUGUUUGAAAUAAGGCUGGCUUUACCUCUGAUACCGGACACGGUCCUAGGUGUGGUCCACAUAUCCCAGAAUACAUCUGAGCAUUGGAAGGAGAUGAUGUCAAAGAAGAAUUAUGCGAGAGCAAUGUGUCAUAAUAUUACUUAGUAAUUUUUCAUUUGAUUUUUGAUGUUCUUUAUUGAAUAAAUGUGAUUGUGGAGAAA